AUGAAAGAACCGAAAAGAUUAAACCUGAACAUCGCUUAUACAAAAGAAUUUUUUGAUAAUGACGAAGAUUUGUUUGAUGUGGACGAACUUAAUAUAGACGAAUUUAACGUAGAUGAAUUUAACGUAGACGAAUUUAAUAUUAAUAAAGAAAAAGAAAAUGAUAUACUUCCCUUUGAACCAUAUCUAAAAAUUUUACAAAGAGCCUGGUUGAACGAAAAUUUUUCAACAGAGAUUCUGCCUUAUGAGCCUGCCUUUGAAAGGUUGAAUGAAAUAUUAGAAGACCAAGUAAGCAUUAAAACCCUAUUUUAA